UCCAUUACAACACCGACCCCAGUCACAGCUUCUUCUCCUGAAUCGAAACAGAAAGUGGUCGUUUCCCUUUUAUUCGUUUUAUUUUGCAGUUUGAGGGUAUUAAGCGGCACCUUCUGCAGCUGAAUUUCGGAAUGAGGGCACCCGGAUUCUGCGGCAGCCUGGUGCUGCUGACUCUCUCAUUUGCAUAUUUUGGAACUCUUGAAGGAAGUCCAGCCAAAGCUGUGCUCAGCAUCGAGACCAUGUGGAGUACAGUCCUGACCGGAGACAAAAUUGUCCUGAAAUGUACAAUUAAAAAUGGAAAUGCUCCGUGGAUGUUCUUAUUAUAUAAAGAUGGAGAGCUUGUUAACAGAGUUUACACUGUUGGCCAGAACUCCAUCACCUACACCAUUCAUUCUGCCUCUUUGCUCCACACUGGUGUGUAUGUGUGCCAAGGUAACAACAGCAAACCUUCAUUGCGCAGUGCACCUGUGAGGAUACAAGUGGUCAGUGGGUGGGUGAUCCUGCAGACACAAUCUCAGCAUCUUAUUGUAAAAGACAAUAUGACCAUGAAGUGUCACGUCCACAGCCGCCCAACUCAAGUUCGAUUUUAUAAGGAUAAAGAAUUAAUCCGUAUCCAGAAAAAACCUGAGUUUACAUUGACCAAUGUCACGGAGAGAGAUUCUGGCACCUACUCAUGCAGGGUUACAUGGGGAAAUCCAUGGAUGUGGAACUCUGCUCAGUCUUUACCAGUUCAUAUCACAGUAACUGAUCUCUUCACAGAUCCUAUACUUGUUGUCCGUUCCUCCAAGCCUGUGACUGUGGGAGACACCUUGAGUCUCUGGUGCCUCACAGAGAGGUCUGUAUUUGAGCCAAUGGUGACGCUGCGAUACUACUUCCUGAAAGACGGAAAUUUACUGAGCACAGCCACUUCCAGAAAUGUAUAUACUGUAGAGAAUGUCACGGUCGAAGAUGCUGGAAGGUAUACCUGCCAAGUGGGAGCAGAAAGGUUUGGCAACCUAAAAGCCAGCAGUGCUGUCCUCAUCAAUGUGACAGAUGAUGCAAUUCAAAGAACAGAGAACCUGAAAAAUGUAGUUGCACCUACACUAGGAGGAAGAUUAUUUUAUUCAAUCCCUUUGCCCACCACAAAAGAUGAAAGUACUACUCAGAUAAAAAAUGAAAAUAUGACUGAUGAUUUUGCUUCUGCUGCAGGUCCUUUUGAUCCAAUCUUAGCAGAAACGUCUGAUGACUUUGAAGAGAACAUACCGCUUUAUCCAAGUUCUGUCAAACAAACUCCUUCAUCUUAGUCUGCUAGAAUGCAUUUAGAAGACUUCACUUACUAACGGGAGACACUGAGCCUUCAUAAUCAUUAAUACUCACAACUAACAGUCCUACCAGAAUGGCAGUACAAUUUUGGAGUGCAUACUAUAAAAAUGAAAUAAAAACAUGGAGAGCAGUAGCCAAACCGUAUCAAUUUCUAAAAACAUACGCUUUCCCAACCAGGCAUCAUACAAGUGAUUUGGGCAGCAAAAUACGGAUUUGUCAAUCUAAAUAAAAUGAUAGCAAUUUACACUUCUAGAACAAUCCCACGGCUCAGUACUGUUUACUGCAAAUAAUGCCAGUCAUAUAGCUUACCGAACACUGCCAUGCAGCAUACAAAAAGUGUCUGCACAGAUGGGCAUGUGAGGGUGUUCUUUGAGGUCCGUUCUAUUCUAACAUCAGCUGGGCUCGAGCUUCUUCAGCAAUAUUUAAAAAAAAAAUGGAAACCUUGGCUUCUGGAAAUAUUGUUCAGUAUAUGUGUGACUGCAGACCAACUGAAUUUUUAAAAUAUAUCUCUGUCCUGCCUCCUGAGUGUAAACUGAUUUUCUGUUACCUUUCAUAACAGAUGUCCAAGCUUUAGGAAUCUCCCAGUAAUUCUGUCUAAGGUUACAUUUGUUAACAACACCUUUGCAGAUGUUCAGGGUCUUCCAAAAUCAUACUAGAUCCUGAUGUGCUAGCACAUUUUCAAAGUCACAUCCAGACAUAAACUUUUUUUAAACUUGUCUGCCUUAUUAGCCUUGACCUGAAUAGAUGUACUUCACAUUAAUGAAAUAAAGCACAAGAAAUAAUGUUUAAUAAAUGGAGUAAAAAUA